AUGGUGAACUUGCAGUACUUCGCUGUGGCAUUGGUUCUGCUAUCGAGCCAGACAGAAGCUCAAGGGAUACUUGACUUUUUCGGUUUCCAUAGGCCGUCCACUUCGUCAAAGCAAGCUGGUUUAACCUCUUCUACUACGUCCACUCCUUCAUAUUUAACCGUUUACACCACUACUACCACGGAAACACUUACUUCGACCAUUGCCUCUGUCAACACCGUGGAGCAAACCGUAUACGAGCGAGUUAUCGUAGACUGUGAUACCUACAAACCUCCUGUCGCCGAAGGACUGAUUCAAUGCUUUUUCGACUGUUCCUCCCUUGCUAUCGAGCUCACCGCCUGCCUCGGAUCCAAAAGUUGCAUGUGCCCUACAGCUCGACGUCGGCACAAGCAAGUCGACACCUGCCUGUCUUGUGGUGCUAUUAAUUGGGCUAUCGGACAAGCCUUGAAGGGCUGCGAUCUGCCCCCCUUGCCCCAAUGUGCUACUCUUGUCACUUCAAAGCUAACAUCCUACAAGACGAACUAUUUGACUUCCUAUGUGACCACUACUCACCCAGUCACCGCCACGUCAUCGCUCCCUAUAUCUACCAGUACUGUCCAGGGAGCCAUCGCUGGGACACUCGAUUAUAUUGGUGAUGAUGGAUUUUUGCGCCAACGGGUAACUGUUGUCCCUGAAGACCCACUACCUAACAAUGGAGUCUCUCUUGGCUCCGAUGGUUUGCCCAGUUACGGAACUCCGGUUACCACAGUUACAGUCGUCGGCGACAAGGCUGGAACAGUCACUUACGUAGGUGAUGAAGAUGGUAUUCCUACUGCACGAGUCACUGUAACUCCUGUGUUGACUCUACUGACCACUGGUGAAGUCACUGGAAAAGGUGUGACUUUCGACUCGGACAGGCUCCCCAUCUUAGUGGUAACCGAGACCCAGAUCAUCGAAGCCAGUGUUAUGGGUCCUAUUGCUGGUACUACUACCGAGGUAGGCAGCAAUGGUAUCGGCACUGUGAUAGUGACAACUGUCCCAACAAAUCCAGUUGGAACUACAACGGUGGCUGGUCCCUCAGCUGGUAAAGAGACCUUCAAAGGAGCCGACGGACUCCCGUAUGUACGCGAUACGAUCAUUCCCGCAAAGACUGUCACCUAUGUCGCUACGGAAUCCUUCAACAGUACAGUGAUUGGUUCUGAUGGUAUCGCCACAGCUUAUGAGAUUAUCGGGCCUCAGUCAACAGUCUACACCACUGGCACUCUUAAUGGACGAGAUAUUGUGUUUGGUACGGAUGGCUGGCCAGUUAUUAUAGUAACCAUAGACCCUCCUGUUAUCACAGAGACGGCGUAUGGACUUGAUGAAGGUCUCAUAACAUUCGUUGGUGACGAUGGUCUCGCAACGGCGAGGACCACUGCCAAACCUACCACCACUCUCACCACAUGGGCCACAGUCGAGACCAUUGGUGUUGCCUCAGGCAAGGAUGGCCAACCAGUUGUCAUGAUCUACAAUACCCCAACUGGCCCUGUUGCGACAAAGACAACCUACGGAUUGACAUCUGGAAUUGAGACAUCCACAGGUGAGGAUGGCCUUCCUACUUUGAUGACAACAAUGCCACCGAAGUCCACAUCUACUGUCCUUGGUCCAAUUGUUGGUACUGAAGUCACUCUUGAUGGUAAUGGCGACCCUGUCAAGAUUGUGACAGCGACUCCCACUGGUCCUGUUACAACUCAAUUUGAUGUUGGUCUCCAAGCAAACACCUACACUUUUACUGGUGAUGAUGGACUGCCUACCGAGCGUGUGGUCUCAGCGCCAACAGUAACAGAUUAUGUCCUCGGGCCAAUUGCAGGCGUUUCUCUUAUUAUCGGUGAUGAUGGCGACGCAACAGCCAGAUACACAACUACACCUGAGGGGCCAGUCACCACACUGUCGUCAUUUGGACUGGAGGCUACCACUUUCACUACAACUGGGGACGACGGACUGCCCACUGAACAGGUGAUCCUGGGUCCCUCCCUAACAAAGUCAGUUCUGGGAACUGUCGCAGGUACUACACUGAGCUUUGAGGAUGAUGGAGCCCCUGUAAUGGUUGUGACAGCCACACCCACAGCUCCAGUGACUACUCAGUUUUCUUACGGCCUCUAUCCAACUACUAUCACCAUCACAGGUGAAGACGGGUUUCCUACAGAACGUGUUGUUGUUGGUCCUUCUGCCACUCAGACCGUUUACGGUACUGUUGAAGGAGCAGCUCUGUCAUUUGAUGCGAACGAUUUCCCAAUUGAAGUCAUAACCGUUACACCCUCAGGUCCUGUUACAACUCAGUCAUCCUUUGGACUCAUGGCCACCACAUACACGUUUACUGGCGAAGAUGGCUUACCCACAGAGCAGGCUGUCGAAGGUCCAUCGUCCACUGAAUUAAUUCUUGGUGCAGUUGAAGGCACUAGCUUGAGUUUCAGAGAUGAUGGUACCCCUAUUAUGAUUGUCACUGCUACACCAUCAGCUCCUGUCACCACCCAGCAUUCAUUUGGUCUCUAUCCUACUACUUUGAUUGUCACCGGGGAGGAUGGCUUCCCUACCGAGAGAGUUGUCGAUGGGCCGUCUGCAACCAAAACUGUUUUUGGAACAGUUGAAGGUGUGUCUCUGUCAUUUGAGGGAAAUGAUUUCCCUGUUGAGGUUAUCACAAUAACCCCUUCGGGGCCUGUGGUGACGCAGUCGUCAUUUGGAUUGCAAGCCACGACUUUUACCUUCACAGGAAAUGAUGGGUUGCCAACUGAGCAGGUUGUUCAGGGUCCUUCUUUCACGAAGUCAGUUCUGGGAACUGUAGAAGGCACAAUGUUAAGUUUUUUUAAUGAAAGCCUUCCAAUCAUGAUCAUCACUGCCACUCCAACCGCACCAGUGACAACUCAGCAUUCUUAUGGCUUUUAUCCCACUACUUUUACAGUCACAGGCGAAGAUGGCUUUCCGACAGAGCGAGUUGCGGAUGGACCAUCUGCUAUUAAAACUGUGUUUGGCACAGUUGAAGGCACUGCGUUGUCCUUUGUUGGAGAAGACUUCCCCGUUGAGAUUAUCACUGUGAUACCCUCCGGCCCCGUCACUACUAUGUCGUCGUUUGGGUUGACCGCCACAACAUACAUCUUUACUGGUGAGGAUGGACUGCCAACGGAACAAGUCAUUGAAGGCCCCUCUCUGACUAAGUCCAUCCUUGGUACUGUUGCUGGAACAGCUCUGAGCUUCGGAGACGAUGGUAACCCCGUUAUGAUCGUAACUGCCACCCCUACAGCUCCAGUCACCACUCAAAUUUCUUACGGCUUUCAACCCACAACGUUCACUACAACUGGCGACGACGGAUUCCCCACCGAGCGUGUCGUGCUGGGACCUUCUGCCACGCAUACGGUGUUCGGUACUAUUGGUGGAACCUCUCUGCUGGUUCUUGAUGAGUUUCCUAUUGAGAUCAUUACAGUGGUGCCCACUGGCCCUGUAACGACUCAAUCCUCUUUUGGAUUCCAAGGUAUCACGUAUACUCUUACUGGAGAAGAUGGAUUGCCCACAGAGCAAGUUGUCCUGGGUCCAUCUGCAACAACUUCAGUCUUAGGCACUGCUGCAGGUUCUGCAUUGAGCUUUGGAGAAGACCACCUGCCUAUUUUGAUAGUCACGGAGACACCAACUGGUCCAGUUACGACUCAGUUCUCUUAUGGUUCCUACCCUACUACCAUCACUACUAUCGGUGCAGAUGGCUUCCCUACCGAGCGUGUUGUCAAGGGUCCCUCUGCUACACAGACUAUUUACGGUACUGUUGAGGGUACGUCCAUCAGCUUCGAUGGUGAUGAUUUCCCAGUUGAGAUUAUCACAGUGAUACCUACUGGACCUGUUACCACCCUUUCAUCUUUCGGUCUUCAAGGAACUACUUACACGUUCAUCGGAGAUGAUGGAUUGCCUACGGAACAGAUUAUCCAAGGACCUUCAUUUACCAGGACUGUUCUCGGUACAGUUCCAGGUACAAAUAUGAGUCUAGCCGCUGGAAGUAUUCCUAUCAUGGUUAUUACGGCUACUCCCACAGCACCUGUGACCACCCAAAUCAGCUACGGACUUCACUCUACAACGUUCACCAUCACAGGUGAGGACGGUUUUCCUACUGAACGCGUGGUGAAGGGACCUUCUGCUACUCAGACCGUUUUCGGCGCUGUUGAAGGCACAGCCCUAUCGUUCGAUGGUGAAGAGUUCCUUGUUGAGAUUGUCACAGUGACUCCUUCUGCUCCUGUUGCUACCCAGUCAUCUUUUGGUCUCAAUGGUACCACCUUCAUCUUCACUGGCGACGACGGUUUGCCUACAGAGCAGGUCAUUCGGGGUCCCUCCUUCACGAAGUCGGUUCUUGGUACUGCUGCUGGUACCUCUCUGAGCUUUGGGGAAGAAGGUGUGCCAAUGAUGAUUAUCACCGCUACUCCAACCGCACCUGUCACUACCCAAUUAUCCUAUGGACUGAAUUCUACUACAUUCAUUGUUACAGGGGAGGAUGGCUUUCCAACAGAAAAAAUCGUUGAAGGUCCGUAUGCUACUAAGACAGUUUUUGGUACCGUUGAAGGCAUUUCACUGUCAAUGGUUGACAAUGAAUUUCCUGUGAAGAUCAUUACCGUUGUCCCUUCAGGACCUGUGUCCACUCAAUCGUCCUUUGGUCUUCAAGGCACCACUUAUACAUUCACUGGUGAAGAUGGGUUACCUACUGAAAAGGUGGUUCUAGGACCCUCUUCGACGAAAUCGGUUUUCGGAACUAACGCUGGAACAAUGUUGAGUAUUGGUGACGAUGGAAUUCCUGUCUUGGUUGUAACUGCUAUGCCAACAGCUGCUGUAACUACCCAACAUACUUUCGGCCUCUAUCCUACUACCUUUGUCACCACAGGUGAAGAUGGAUAUCCCACUGAACAUGUUGUGUUGGGGCCAUCAGCUACUCAGACCGUAUACGGUACCGUUGAAGGAACCUCAAUAGCGCUUGACAAAGACUUCCCCAUCGAGAUCAUUACUGUGACACCCUCUGGACCAGUGACGACUCAAUCUUCCUUCGGGCUGAAUGGUACGACAUACACAGUCACAGGUGAAGAUGGUCUACCAACUGAACAAGUCGUCAAGGGCCCAUCCUCGACAACGUCACUUCUUGGCACCGCUGCUGGGACUGUACUCAGUUUUGGGGAUGAUGAUUUUCCAAUCAUGAUUGUGACAGCAACUCCCACUGGUCCUGUCAAUACCCAGUUCUCUUAUGGCUUAUACCCCACCACUAUCACCACAAUUGGAAAAGAUGGCUUUCCCACUGAGCGUGUCGUGAAGGGUCCUUCUUCUACGCAGACAGUUUACGGUACUGUUGAAGGAACUGCGAUCAGCUUUAUUGAUGACAAUUUCCCCGUUGAGAUCAUCACCGUGAUUCCGUCUACUCCUGUGACUUCUCAGUCGUCUUUUGGACUUCAAGCCACAGUUUACACAUUUACUGGAAAGGAUGGAUUGCCUACAGAGCAAAUUGUUAAUGGGCCUUCCUUUACCAAAUCUGUUUUUGGCACAGUUCCUGGUACAGAGCUGAGUCUGGCCGCCGGAAGCAUUCCUGUCAUGAUUGUUACUGCUUCACCCACUGAACCUGUUACUACCCAGUACUCUUACGGACUCUUCCCUACGACUUCGGUUAUUACAGGUGGAGAUGGAUAUCCAACAGAGGUUAUCGUGUUGGGACCUUCAGCUACCCGCUCCAUUUUGGGUACGGUUGAAGGUACAGCUCUGUCAUACGACAGCAAUGGCUUCCCCGUUGAAGUCAUCACCGCCACUCCCUCUGCCCCCGUGGCUACACAAUUCUCCUAUGGUCUCCAGGCCACCACUUUCAAUUUCACUGGCGAGGAUGGCCUACCAACCGAACAGGUUAUACAAGGUCCAUCUUCUACAACAUCAGUUCUUGGUACAAUUGUUGGUACUGCACUGAGUUUCAGAGAAGAAGGAGAUCCAGUUAUGGUUGUCACGGCCACACCCACAGCUCCCAUUACUACGCAGCACUCUUUUGGCCUUUAUCCUACUACUCUCACCUUCACUGGUGAGGAUGGAUUCCCCACGGAACAAGUUGUUGAUUCCCCUUACGCGACCAAGACCGUGUUUGGUACGGUUGAAGGAGUUUCAUUGUCGUUUAAUGGCAACAACAUCCCUGUAGAGAUUGUCACAGUGAUUCCCCUGGAACCUGUAACUACUCAAUAUUCGUUUGGAUUAGAGGCGACGAAUUACACCUUCACAGGUGAGGAUGGUUUGCCUACUGAGCAAGUUAUCAAGGGCCCUUCAACCACCAUGUCAACUCUUGGCACUUCAGCUGGAACUCUCUCGAGCUUUGGUGAUGACAGUGCCCCAGUAAUGAUCGUGACAGCUACUCCGAAAGCGCCUGGAACUACUCAGUUCUCUUACGGCUUUUAUCCCACCACCAUAACUACUACAGGAGAUGAUGGAUUCCCGACAGAGAGAGUUAUCCUGGGACCUUCGUCUACCCAGACUGUCUUUGGUACUACCGAGGGAGCUGCCUUGUCUUUUGAUCUUAACAACACCCCCGUGGAGAUCAUUACCGUGAUUCCUUCUGGCCCUGUGACUACAUUGACAUCAUACGGGAUCCACGAAACUAAGUACACAUUCAUAGGUGAAGAUGGGUUGCCCACUGUACAAGUGCUUAAAGCUCACCCAUUCACAACGAAGGUGUUUGAUACUAUUGCCGGUACAUCAAUGAGUCUUGGAGAUGAUGGCAUUUCCAUGAUAAAUAUUACAACUAUACCGACAGCUGCAGUUACGACAGACCACUCAAUUGGGCUUUAUCCUACCACUAUGACUGUCACUGGUGAAAAUGACCUCACUAUAGAACGAUCACUUGACGGGGAAUCAGCUACAAAUACCGUAAUCGGUAAAAGUGAUAAGACUUCAUUAAGUGAUGGUCUAGACCCUCUAGCCACUGAGUCUAUUAAGGACAUCACUUCUGCUCCUGUUGCAACGCAAUCACCUCUCGGGCCAAAAACAACCACUUCCAUCGAGGAUGAUUUGCCCACAGAAAACGCCAUCCGAACCAGCUCUUUGAUCGAAAUUUUUGAAUCCUCGGUCGAGAUGACCAACGCUUCAUCAGUUUCUCCUGUGACCACUCAGUCAAUCUAUGGUUUGCACGCCACAACCUUCACCACCACGGGGGAAGAUGGAUCUCCUACUGAAAGAGUCACUCUUGGACCUUCAGCCACCAAGACUGUAUUUGGUACCGCCGAAGGAACUGAAUUAGUGGUAGGCGAUGACAACCUUCCUACUGCGGUCAUCAUUGAAAUUCCUUCGGGACCAGUUACUAACCAGUCUACAUUUGGAUUUGAUUCUACUACCUACAUCCAGACUGGAGACGAUGGGUUGCUCACCGAACAUGUGACACAAGCUCCUUCUGCUGCUCAGACAAUAAAUGGAAAUGUGGAAGGCUCAACGCUGGAGUUUAGCGAAGACGGACUGUCCACAAAGCUGGUUACUGUGCUCCCCUCUGGAGCAGUGGCUUCCAAGACGCCGUACGAUAUUGAGGCUACUACUUUGACAGAGCCAGGCCAAGACGGCCUUGCAACUGAACAUGUGAUUCAGGGGUCUUACUCUACGAGUUCCAUCGUUGGUACAGCCGAAGGUACUCUUUUGACCCUUGGGGCCGACAGUCUACCAAUUUCAAUUGUCACGGCAACAACUGUCCCUGUUAUUCUCCACAGCACACCCGAGCUGGUAUCCACGUCUACUUCCUCUGCAAAUGCUAAAGAUUUAACAACCGAGAAUGCUGCUAAUACAGCUGUUGAAUUUGCUAAUAACACCUUACCAGCCGGGGCUGAUGGUACCUCAAGUGUAGACAGCACUCAGUCCCCCGAUAAUGGUUCACUUGAAUCUACUCUUGAUAUCCAUUCCACUACAGCUACUGAAAUCGUGGAGCAUGGCAUUCCCACAAGUGUUGUCUCAUCUGGUGCUACUAUGAUUGGUGAUGUAGCAAACGAGUCUACUUCAAAAGAUACAGCUCCCAUAUGGGUAGUAAGUGAAGCUUCCGUGGCUACAGAAAGCUCAACUGACGUUGUCUCUCACUUAUCGUUUCUUGAGGCUAGCAAGACUACUACUAUGGUACACACACAGACAAUGAAGCCUGACAUUGUCUUCUUUUCCAACUCUACCCCCAUUGAAGUGGCUGCUUUCGACACCUCUUCUACUCACCAUUCUGUCGCAAGUAACGCUGUUCCGUCGGUUCCCACGUCAGUGGAAGUCAGGUCGUCAACCUUCACAGAAGUCCAGACGAUUGUUAUUCCUGUAUCCGAGACAUCCAUUGAGACUUCAAUUAUCUCUGGACCCGAGACUUCCAUUAUCGCUGUGUCCAAGGAGACUUCGAUUGUCUCUGUACCCGACAAAACUUCGAUUGUCUCUGUACUUGAGUCUGCAGUUGUCUCUGUACUCGAGACAUCCAUUAUUUCAGCUUCUGGGUCCAGCACCAUUACAGCCACAGCCUCCACUUCUGCUUUGCCUAUGACUUCCUACUCUGAGUCUUCUACCUUACUCGGCACACCGUCUCAUGGGAAUAUCAAGCCAGAGUCAUCCAGACUGGCUGAUACCGAUUCGGAGGAAGAUAAUACCUCCACAUACACCCCUGGCAUCUCAACGCCUACUCUAUCUACUCCUGGGUCUAACUUCACAGUUGAUGACUUGCUUAAAAAGCCCCAGGGCUCUACUUCUGAGCCUACUAGACAAAUCAGCAACAAUGACGAGGUAACUAAUGGUGCCAUUAUUUCUAGUGCAAACACUUCUCCUGUACAUUUGCCUAGCACCACUAGUGUCUCCUUCGACGCUGCUACCCCCAGCCAAGUUGCACCGCCUGUAGAGGGCUAUCCUAAACCUAUGCAAGCUAACGGUGGGUCUUCCCAUUCGAUACCCUUCACAGGACUACUCACUACAGCUAUUUUCUUUAUUCUUUUCUGGAUCUGA